AUGGAAGUAGUAGAAAGACAAAAUGAUGGAGUGUUUUUUUUAUAUGGCUAUGGUGGAACAAGCAGAACUUCUAUGUUGAACACUUUGGCUGCAUCACUUUAUGAUAAACACAUAAUUGUUUUGCCUAUUACCUCAAGUGGGAUUGCAAGUUUGUUGUUACCAGGUGGAAGAACAACUUAUUCUAGGCUUAAGAUUCCCAUCCUUACUUUGGAAUCUUCAAUUUGUAACAUUGACAAAAAGGAUGACCUUGAUGACCUUUUAAGGUUGACAAAUCUUAUUUUACGGGAUGAGGUUCCAAUGGCUAACAAGUUUUGCUUUGAAGCUAUAGAUAAAUCUUUGAAAGACAUUAUGAGUGAAAUUCCUCAAGCUUAUAAGAAACAAUUUGGAGGCAAAGUAGUAGUUUUUGGUGGUGAUUUUAGACAAAUUCUCCCAGUUGUCCCAAGAGAGUCCUCAAGCUUACAAAAAACACGCGCCUUCAAAGUGGUGCAAGUACUUCUAAUCAAGAGGAUAUGCUUAUUUUCUGAGUGGAUAUUGUAUAUUGGAGAUGGUACCUUGUCCGGGCCUAAUGAUGGUUAUGUUGACAUUUCAAUUCUAGACAAGUUUCUAAUGUCUAAUUUUACAAAUUCUAUUGAGGCUAUUGUUGAGAGAGAAGAAAAUGAAUACUUUAGUAGUGAUUCUAUUGAUAUAUCUAUAGCUACUGACUUUGAUGCAUUUGAGCACUUGCCUAAUCACUCAAUCAAAUUGAAGAUUGAUUCCACUAUCAUGUUGAUGCGCAACUUAGAUCCGUCUGAAGGAUUAUGCUAUGGUACAAGACUCACUGUAACAAGGUUUACUAAUCAUGUCAUUGAAGCUAAAAUCAUUUCAGGAAAAAUAUAG